ACCCCAUGGGGUGUGUUCUGUACUCUUCUGUUUGUUCAGAAAAACCGAAAGCAAAAAUAUCAGAGUGAGGGACUGUGUCUGUGAAAUGGCAGCUAAACCUUUGAUUCCUGAGGACGAUCUCUGUUGCUCUGUAUGUUGUGAUAUUUUUAAAGAGCCUGUUCUCCUGAAAUGCAGCCACAGCUUCUGUAAAAUAUGUCUGCAGCAGUGCUGGGAAAAGAAGAGCUCUCGAGAGUGUCCCAUCUGCAGGAGAAAUGCAUCUAGGGAGGAUCCUCCUGUAAACCUGGCUUUAAAAAACAUUGUGGAGUCCUACUUAAUGCAGAAGUCUAUAAGGGAAGCUGCAGGCAAGAGUGAUGAUCACUGCAGUCUUCAUGGGGAGAAACGUUUAUUCUUCUGCGAACAUGACCAAGAGCCUCUCUGUGUCGUCUGUCAGACUUCAAAAAAACACAGAAACCACCCAGUCUGUCCAGUGGAAGAGGCUGCGCUGGAUCUGAAGGAGGAACUCAAGCCUGCACUUAAUCUCAUUAAAGAAAAACUGAAGAGGUUUACUGAUGUUGAAAAAGAAUGUAAGAAAGCAGCAGAACACAUCAGGAGUCAGGUCCAGCACACAGAGAGGCAGAUAAAGGCAGAGUUUAAGAAGCUCCGCCGGUUCCUGCGAGAGGAAGAGGAGGCCAGACUAACUGUACUGAGGGAGGAAGAGCAGCAGAAGAGUCAAAUCAUGAAGGAGAAGACUGAAAACAUCACAGGACACAUCUCCAACCUCACAGACAAAAUCACAGCUAUAGAGAAGGCCAUGGACACUGAAGACACCUCCUUUUUAAAGAGCUACAAGAACAUCAAGGAAAGAGCCCAGUGCACACUGAAGUUCAGAGUCUGGGAGAAGAUGCUGGAGAUGGUGCAGUACACUCCUGUGGUGCUGGACCCCAAUACUGUACAUACCAAAGUCUCUCUCUCUGAUGAUCUGACCACUGUGAGAGACACAGGUACAGACCAGAAAUAUCCUGACAAUCCAGAGAGGUUUAAACCCUGUGUGAAUGUGCUGGGAUCUGAGGGGUUUACCUCAGGGAAACACAGCUGGGAGGUGAAGGUUGGGAAUAAAACUGCCUGGGAUAUAGGAGUGGUGAAAGAGUCCAUCAGUAGGAAGGGAUAUAUUUCACUCAGCCCAGGGAGAGGAUUCUGGGUCUUAAUUCUGAGGAAUGGUGAUAAGUACAGUGCAGCAGGAGGAUGUCACAUCCUCGCACUGAAGCAGAAGCCCCAGAGCAUCAGAGUGCAGCUGGACUAUGACAAGGGGGAGGUGUCCUUCUUCGACUGCAGUGACAUGUCACUCAUUUACACUUUUAAAGACACAUUUACUGAGAGAGUGUUCCCGUACUUCUGUCCCUCCCUGAAAGAGAAUGGUAGGAACAAUGGACCUCUGAAAAUAUGCCCAGUGAACAUUUCUGUAACGGUGACAUCAUCCCGGUGAAGGCGUUUGUUAAAAGAUUAACAAAUUGUUGAUGUUGUACUUCUGAAGAAUUUUGAAAAACGAAUCUGUUUCAGUAUGUUUGGUUGAUGACUUGAACUGGGGCAGACUUGCUGGAGAUGUGAAUUGAUCAAAUGGUUGAUGGCUUUCAGAACCAGACAGGAUGCAGACACAUACAUAGGUGACAGUGACCAUUGGGUCAGGCCUCAGUAUGCAUGAAUGCUAAUUUUGGAUGGACCUGCAGGAGACGUAAAGUAUAAAGGGGGUGUUUUGAUAGCCUAUCAGAAGAGAGCUGACAUUCAUACAGAGGUAACAAGAACAUUACCUCUUUUCCACCAAUGCGAACCUAGUUCUGGGCUGGUGCUAGUGCCGGUUUGUAGUUGGUUCAACGUGCAAACCUUCUAAGAACCGGUUUGCUUUUCCACGGGUUAGAGAGCCACGUCAUUACGUCACUGUACACGUCUGUAUACGUCUCCGCUUUCCCAGCAACAUCAUUACCUAUUAAAAUGUAUGUCCUGUAAAAAUACAGAUAAUAAACUGUCUAAAUGUAAA